GCUCGAGGUGACCUGAAUCGCGGCUCCCGCGGGCGGCGACGCCAGAGCGCCCGCUGCCUCCAGCAGAUUAAUAUUAAAAUUGGAACUUCGUAUCUUUUGCUGGUUGUUGGAGAUUGAAUGUGAUGGCAAUGGAAUUUAUAAAGAGUUGCUGCAGAGGGUGUUUCUAUGGUGGAACAGAAAAGCACAACUUAUCUGUGGAAAGAGACUCUAAAGCAGCAGUAUCAAAUAUUCAAAAUACUGCUAUCUGUACACCUCCAUUGACUCCUGUUUGUGUAAAGCCUCAGGUUGGCUGUACUGAGGAUUAUUUACUUUCCAAAUUACCAUCUGAUGGCAAAGAAGUACCAUUUGUGGUGCCCAGGUUUAAGUUAUCUUAUAUUCAGCCCAGGACGCAAGGAACUCCUUCACAUUUGGAAGAACUUGAAGGAUCUGCCAGAGCAUCUUUUGGAGACAGAAAGGUAGAACUUUCCAGUUCAUCUCAGCAUGGAUCCAGCUAUGAUGUGUAUAACCCAUUCUACAUGUGUCAGCAUGUGUCACCUGAUUUGAGUCGGCGCUUUCCUCCUCGUUCAGAAGCAACGAGACUAUAUGGAUCUGUUUGUGACUUAAGGACCAACAGACUUCCCAAUUCCCCUGGGCUAAUAAGCAAGUCUAUGUUUGAUCUUACAAGUUCAUCUCAGCGGUUCAUUCAGAGACAUGAUUCCUUGUCCAGUGUGCCCAGUAGUUCUUCUUCAAGGAAGAAUUCUCAGGGGAGUAACAGAAGCCUGGAUACAAUUACUCUAUCGGGAGAUGAAAGAGAUUUUGGGAGAUUAAAUGUGAAAGUGUUUUAUAAUUCUUCAGUAGAGCAGAUCUGGAUCACAGUUUUACAGUGCAGAGAUUUAAGUUGGCCCUCUAGUUAUGGAGAUACUCCUGCUGUUUCUAUAAAAGGAAUACUAACAUUGCCCAAACCAGUGCAUUUCAAAUCUUCAAUCAAGGAAGGCUCUAAUACUAUUGAAUUUAUGGAAACUUUUGUAUUUGCUAUUAAACUCCAAAGUCUACAAACUGUAAGACUUGUAUUUAAGAUUCAAACUCAAACUCCCAAGAAGAAAACCAUUGGCGAAUGCUCAGUGUCACUCAGAACUCUUAGCACACAGGAAAUGGAUUACUCUUUGGAUAUAUCACCACCUUCAAAAAUUUCUGUUUGCCAUGCAGAGCUUGAACUGGGGACUUGUUUUCAAGCGGUAAAGAGCAGAAUUCAGUUACAAAUUCUUGAGGCACAAUACCUUCCAAGCUCAUCAACACCCCUGACCUUGAGUUUUUUUGUGAAAGUGGCGAUGUUUAGCUCGGGAGAGUUGAUUUAUAAGAAGAAGACACGCUUACUGAAGGCCUCCAAUGGAAGAGUAAAGUGGGGAGAGACUAUGAUUUUUCCACUUAUACAGAAUGAAAAAGAAAUUAUUUUUCUUAUUAGGCUCUAUAGUCGAAGCUCUGUAGGAAGAAGACACUUUGUGGGGCAGAUUUGGAUACAUGAAGAUAGUCAUAACAUUGAAGCAGCCAGCCAGUGGAAUGAAACAGUUACAAAUCCAGAAAAGGUUGUUGUCACGUGGCACAAAUUAAAUCCAUCUUGAAGACUUUGCACAUUAAUUUGGUGACAAACUUGACAUGCUUUUAGAAGAGUUAUGAUUUCGAUUUGCUACCAAUUUGAAAAGACACAUCAGUACAUUUGUCAGUUUAUUUAUUUGUGACAUAAUUAUAGUAUAUAAUGGCUCUAAUAGAAAAUUAAACUUGGUAAAAAAUGGGAUGAAUCAUAUCAGAUAUCCAAAGUAAAGGAAAUGUUUUAAAACUGGCUGAAAUAGACAAUAAAAUAAAUGGGUAGUAUUACUAGGGCAACUAAAUAAAUUAUAAAGUCAAUGGAAAUAUCAAUCAUAGAUAGUUACUGCUAUAUUAUGUUUAUGGGUUUUUUUAAAGCUUUACCUAGAUAUUCAAAAUCCAGUAUAUCGAGUCUCUGUUAGUACUAUUAGACAUUUAGAAGACUUUACCACUAUUUCAGUGCUAGUCAUUGUUGGUUAGAUCUUAACUCCACUGUUUAACCCCUUGCUACAUAGUUUUCCUCAGAAAGCAAAAGUGAGUGGAACUACUUCAACUCUUCCCAUUUGGGGGAAGUUUGUGGCCUGUGUUUAUCAUUACUUACCCAUAAGUCAUCACAUUGCCACUUUGUAAGCUAUUUGUCUCCAAGAAACAUUCAGAUAUAGAAAACUUACAUUUUGGCAAGAAUAAAUGAAAACACCAGAAGGUUGAAGUUUAAUUUAAAACCCAGUGUACACACAUUUUGCUAUGUUUUCCUC